GAGAGUGAGAGAGUGAGAGAGAGAGAGAGAGAGAGAGAGAGAGAGAGAGAGAGAGAGAGAGAGAGAGAGAGAGAGAGAGAGAGAGAGAGAGAGAGAGAGAGAGAGAGAGAGAGAGAGAGAGAGAGAGAGAGAGAGAGAGAGAGAGAGAGAGAGAGAGAGAGAGAGAGAGAGAGAGAGAGAGAGAGAGAGGACAAUGUCAACAGCAGCGUUCCCAACGCAGUCAGCUGAAACCCAGACCUCUGAAUUGUAGUGGAAACGGCAGCGAGAACCGCCUCUAGUCAGGACCCCCUGCAACCCAACGCCAGCAAUGCCACGGGACUCUACCCCUUCAAGCACACUCUCAACCGCCCAGAGGAACACAAAUCCGCGUCGUGGUCGAAGAUGAUGCCUCCUAGAUAGCAGCCUUGUCUGUCCCCCCCCUCCCCCUCCCCCUCCCUUUCCCUGCCCUGCCCCGCCCCGACCCCUCCCUCUGCCCCCAGUGACCUCCAGCACCAUGCCCCCCAGGAAGAGGACCAGGCCCGGCCUGGGCUUCCUCUGCUGCUUCGGCAGCACCGAGCCCCCGGAGAUCAACCUGAAGGACAGCGUGCCGCUCCAGCUGCUGGAGUUCAGCGCCCCCAUGCCCCCGGCCGACGAGCUCAACGCCCGCUUCUCCGAACUGGUGGACGAACUGGACCUGACGGACAAGAACAGGGAGGCCAUGUUUGCACUGCCAGUGGAGAAGAAAUGGCAAAUCUACUGCAGCAAGAAGAAGGAACAAGAGGACCCCAACAAGCUGGCCACCAGCUGGCCCGACUACUACAUCGACCGCAUCAACUCCAUGGCUGCCAUGCAGACCCUGUUUGCAUUCGAUGAGGAGGAGAUGGAGAUAAGGAACAAGGUGGUGGAGGAUUUGAAGACGGCCCUUCGCACUCAACCAAUGAGGUUCGUCACGCGCUUCAUCGAGCUGGACGGCCUCACCUGCCUGCUGAACUUCCUGCGCAGCAUGGACUACGAGACGUCGGAGAGCCGCGUGCACACCUCGGUGAUCGGCUGCAUCAAGGCGCUGAUGAACAACUCGCAGGGGCGCGCCCACGUGCUGGCGCACCCGCAGAGCAUCAACACCAUCUCCCAGAGCCUGCGCACGGCCAACAUCAAGACCAAGGUGGCGGUGCUGGAGAUCCUGGGCGCCGUGUGCCUGGUGCCCGACGGCCACAAGAAGGUGCUGCAGGCCAUGGCGCACUACCAGAAGUACGCCGCCGAGAGGACACGCUUCCAGACGCUGCUGAACGAGUUGGACAAGAGCACGGGUCGCUACAAGGACGAGGUGAACCUGAAGACGGCCAUCAUGUCCUUCAUCAACGCCGUGCUGAACGCCGGAGCGGGAGAGGACAACCUGGAGUUUCGUCUGCAUCUGCGGUACGAGUUCCUCAUGUUGGGCAUCCAGCCCGUCAUCGACAAGCUCCGGGGCCACGACAACGCCACCCUGGACAGACACUUGGACUUCUUUGAGAUGGUGCGUAACGAAGACGACUCUGAACUGGCCAAACGUUUUGAUCUGACCCACGUGGACACAAAGAGUGCGGGCGCCAUGUUUGAGCUGAUCAAGAAAAAGCUGAACCACACAGAGGCCUACCCAUACCUCAUCUCCAUACUCCAACACUGCCUGCAGAUGCCCUAUAAGCGAGGCGGAGGCAGCCUGCAGCACUGGCAGCUCCUGGACCGUAUCCUCCAGCAGAUCGUCUUACAGGACGACAAGGGAGAGGACCCCGACGCCGCGCCGCUGGAGAACUUCAGCGUCAAAAACAUCAUCCGAAUGCUGGUCAACGAGAAUGAGGUGAAGCAGUGGCGAGAGCAGGCGGAGAAAUUCAGGAAAGAUCACGCAGAGCUGAUGGCUAAACUGGAGCGCAAGGAGCGGGAGUGCGAGACCAAGACCUCGGAGAAGGAGGACAUGAUGAAGACCCUCAACAAGAUGAAGGACAAGCUGCAGCGCGAGGGCGAGGAGCUGCGCUCAGCCCGCGAGCACGUCCAGGACCUGUCGUCGCGGAUCCACGACUUUGCAGGAGGGAACGUGGCGUUCCCGGCCGCUCCCGCCCCUCCCGGGGCCCCCGUGGCUCCGCCUCCGCCCCCCAUGAUGGGCGGCUUCCCUCCGCCUCCUCCUCCUCCUCUGCUCCCCUUCGGCUGCCCGCCUCCCCCGCCGCCACCUCCUCCCGGAGGCCCGCCCCUGCCGCCCGGAGCCCCGCCUCUCUUUGGAGCCCCGCCCCCUCCGGCUCCGCCCUCCUUCGGCUUGACGAACAGCCAGCGCUCCAAGUCCAUCCCACAGCCCUCCCAUCCCCUCAAGUCCUUCAACUGGGCCAAGCUGGGAGAGAACAAGAUCACGGGUACCAUCUGGCACGACAUCGAUGACCUGCGGGCUUUCCAGAUCCUGGACCUCAAGGACAUUGAGAAGAUGUUCUCAGCGUACCAGAGGCAGCAGGAGCUGCUCACUAACCAAUCCUUCAAACAAAAAGAAACGGGUUCUAUGGACGACCUGUACGUGAGCACGAGGAAGGUCAAAGAGCUGUCGGUCAUCGAUGGCCGUCGCGCACAGAACUGCGUCAUCCUGCUCUCAAAGUUAAAAAUGAGCAAUGAAGAGAUCAGGAGGGCCAUCCUGGAGAUGGACGAGAGGGAGGAGCUAGCCAAAGACAUGCUGGAGCAGUUGUUGAAGUUCAUCCCAGAGAAGAGUGACAUCGACCUGCUGGAGGAACACAAACACGAGCUGGAGCGCAUGGCCCGUGCCGACCGCUUCCUCUACGAGAUGAGCCGGAUUGACCACUACCAGCAGAGAAUGCAGGCGCUGUUCUUCAAAAAGAAGUUUGCGGAGAGACUGGCAGAAACCAAGCCCAAGGUUGAAGCCAUCCUCAGUGCCUCCAAGGAGGUGGUGCGGAGCAAGCGCCUCACCCAGGUCCUGGAGGUGGUGCUGGCCUUCGGCAACUUCAUGAACAAGGGCCAGCGCGGCAACGCCUACGGCUUCAAGGUGUCCAGCCUCAACAAGAUCGCCGACACCAAGUCCAGCAUAGACCGAAACAUCACCAUGCUGCACUACCUGAUCAUGAUCUUCGAGAAGAACUACCCCGACACGCUGCAAAUCCAGCAGGACCUGGGCAGUAUACAGGAGGCGGCCAAAGUCAAUAUGGCAGAGCUGGAGAAGGAGGUGCACAACAUCAAGACUGGGCUGAGGGCUCUGGAGGCGGAGUUGCAGUACCAGCAGAGCAGGACGCAGGAGCGGGGCGACAAGUUUGUGGCCGUGAUCGGGGACUUCAUCACCGUUGCGGGCUUCAGCUUCUCUGAACUGGAGGACCAGCUGAGUGAGGCCAAGGACAAGUUCAACAAGUCCCUGAAGCACUUUGGAGAGGAGGAGGGCCGCAUGCAGCCUGACGAGUUCUUCGGCAUCUUCGACACCUUCCUGCAGUCGUUUGGCGAGGCCCGGCUGGACCUGGAGAACAUGCAGCGGCGCAAGGACGAGGAGGAGAGGAGGGCCCGCAUGGAGGCCAUGCUGAAGGAGCAGAGGGAGCGCGAGCGGCGGUCCAAGAAGGGCGGCGGCUCCGAGGAGGUGGGCGGGGAGUUUGACGACCUGGUGUCGGCGCUCCGCUCGGGCGAGGUCUUCGACAAAGACCUGAACAAGUUCAAGCGCAACCGCAAACGCUCGGUCAACAGCCUGGCGGAGGGUGCUGGGCGGGAGCGGGCCGUGGCCAAGGUCACCUACUAACUAGACCGGGGUCCUGACACACACCUGGCUCCAAAUGGACGGCGCGAGGUCGGCCGCGGCUCGGCGGUCCGGCAGGCGCGCGCACUCACGCAGCUACACCUUGCUUAUUACUUAUUAGUACUUACGUUAAGUCUGGCUCCUCCAG